CUCUCUCUCUCUCUCUCUCUCUCACACACGUGCUGCCUCCUUUUCCACGCCGCUCCUAACUCUCUUCACAGUUGGCCCCAACACACACUCACACCAAACCUCAGAUAUCCAAAUUUCAAAUACUAUCAAAUUCCCAAAUUCGCCAAACCCUAACAAAUCUAACAUAACAUAACAUCACAUCACAAUCAUCACGCACCAAAGCGCUUCACUGUAAUUAGCUACCUACUUUCGUAAAUGGGGGCGGUCACGUCAUCGAUGGCGGCCAAGUUCGCGUUCUUUCCGCCGAAUCCGCCGUCGUAUGAGGUGGUGGUGGAGGAGUCGACGGGCAAGGCGACGAUGAGCGGGGUGUCGGCCAGGGAAAACGUCGAUGUUUUGAAGCUCAUGACGCGGAGAGGGAACAGCAUCGUCGCCGUUUACAUAAGGAACCCUUCCGCCGCACUUACGCUCCUUUACUCUCACGGCAACGCCGCCGAUCUCGGCCAGAUGUACGACCUCUUUUGCGAGCUCAGCCUCCACCUCCGGGUUAACCUCUUGGGUUAUGAUUAUUCUGGAUAUGGCCAGUCAUCUGGGAAGCCCAGUGAGCAGAACACUUAUGCAGAUAUAGAAGCUGCUUAUAAGUGCCUGAUUGAGAACUAUGGAGCAAAAGAGGAAGAUAUUAUCCUGUAUGGGCAAUCUGUUGGUAGCGGACCUACCACCGAUUUGGCUACCCGUCUACCAAACCUUAGGGCUGUUAUUCUCCACAGUCCAAUAUUAUCUGGCCUUCGAGUCAUGUAUCCUGUGAAGCGGACAUACUGGUUUGACAUUUAUAAGAACAUUGACAAAAUUCCCUUGGUAAAUUGUCCAGUUUUGGUCAUUCAUGGAACUGCUGAUGAUGUAGUGGAUUGCUCCCAUGGGAAGCAACUUUGGGAACAUUGUAAACAAAAAUAUGAACCCUUGUGGGUUAAGGGAGGAAACCAUUGUGACCUGGAACUUUACCCUCAAUACAUAAAGCAUCUCAAGAAAUUCAUUGCAGCUAUUGAGAAGUCAUCGCGACAAAACUCUGGAUUGGGAUCUAUAUCGGAUCAACUAGAUAAACCUCGGACCAGCACAGAUUUUAGGGAGAAACCUAGAUCCAGCAUGGAUCAAAGGGAGAAUUCUAGACGCAGUGGUCCUGAUAGGCCGUGUAAUGGAGCCGAGUUGCCUGAGAAAGCUAGGAAUAGCAUUGACCGUUUCGGAGAGAUGGUGAGAUCAGUUGGAUUGUGCAAUAUUGAUUGUUUCAGGCCCACGGCAACUCAUGCAUAAAAGAUGGUGAUAAAGCUUACACAUUGAGGUUGUAAUUUUCUCAUUAAUUAUUUUAUUGGUUGAAGGGUAUGUAUUGGUGAUGGGAAAAUGUUCCAUAAUGUCCAAUUUAUUUUUCUAAUGAAAUAGAUCAGAAAAGAAAAGGAAAAAAAAAAGGUAACUUAGCCAAGUAGAUAUUGUGCCACUAAGUCUUCCUUCUAGUUCAUAAUCUAACACCUCUGUUUUUGGCAUUCUACCAUGGACCUAAACGUAGGGAAUUGUAUUCUUUGGUGUUGAUGAAUGAUGAAGCUAUAUAGAACAACGCUUCCCUCGUACAAAAGUGUAAUUUUUUUAAAUAAUAUUUGCUUGUUCGGCUUUUGCAUAUAA